AUGAGUGAUGAUAAAUUGGAAACGACUGAAUCUUCAAUUGGUCAUGACGACAAAUUGGUAUCAAAUCCAUCGACAACAUUUCCUUCAUCAACUAUACAAAUAACUUUAACAAAUCAAAUGAAUUCAUCGUCUUCUCCUUCGAUGUCACCAAUUCAAUCGUCGUCGUCGGCGUCUCCUAUUCGACGAACAUUUAACAUCUGUGAUAUUCUUGCUAAACCAUCAUCAUUUAUUGAUAGUAAUCAAAUUCAUCAAUUGAAAUUUUUAAUUGAACAACAAUCACAUUCUGAUAAUGAUUCUAUAAGUGAUUGUGAUGAAUCUGAUGAAAUUCCUGAUGAUGAUUUAAAUGCAUCGAAAUCAUCAUCAACAAGUUCAGAUAAAUUAUCCAAGGGACGACGACAACGAACAGCAUUUACUUAUGAACAAUUAGUUGCAUUAGAAAAUAAAUUUAAACAAACAAGAUAUUUAUCAGUUUGUGAAAGACUUAAUCUUGCAUUAGCAUUAUCACUUACAGAAACACAAGUUAAAAUUUGGUUUCAAAAUCGACGAACGAAAUGGAAAAAACAAAAUCCAGGUCUUGAUGUUAAUUCUCCAGCAAUGCAUUCAUCACCAUCAUCAUCAUCCGCAAUUGGUAUUCAAUCAGCUGCUGCUUAUGUUGCUUCAUUUUAUAAUUCUCAACAACAAAUUCAUGGAUCUUCAUUAUUAUCACCACUCUAUCUUGCAUCACUAUACGCUAAUAUUCGAAAAUUUACUUAA